CUUGUCAAUGACCGGAAAGCUAUCAUGAAUCGUCACCGUCAUACAAACGUCACGUUCAGUGUCAAUGAAUUCUUUAUUGCACAUGAAAGCAUUGUCUAUUGCACAAAACUAAAAAAAGACCGCGAAGACCAUAGAGCCACUGAACUGGCCAUUAUAUCGCAAAUCACAUUAAUAAAUCAUCUACACAAUGCCUUACAAAAUAAACACCAGAAUCAAUUGUAUAUUUUUUAUAUAUAAACUAAACACGAUAAAAUUCUUUAGUUAACCUUUACGAAAUAGGAAGACAGAAAAUGGCAUUUGUUCAAGUAACUCUGGUGGUUUGUGCGAUAUGCUGUGUGGUGCUUGGAGCUCCUAACCUCCCAGUACCGAUUGAUAAUUGUUCUAGUUUACCGGGAACGGGAACAGGUGUACCAAGUUUGCCUGUAGGGGGUACCCCGAGUCUUCCCGGUACAGGAGGUUUACCAAGUUUGCCUGCAGGAGGCGUGCCGACACUACCUGCCACAGGAGGUGUACCGACGCUGCCUGGAACAGGAGGGUUACCAAGUGUGCCUGUAGGAAGCCUGCCGACCGUACCUGGAGCAGGAACUUUACCAACUGUGCCUGUAGGAGGUUCGCCAAGCGUACCAGCAACAGUUCCUGCGACAGGUGGUUCAGGUUGUAACAACGGCGGUGGUUGUAGUAAUAAUAAAUCUCUCCUCGGUGUGGACGUCGAUCUCAAUCUUGGCUGUUUGUUGGGCUCCAUCCUGUAAUAUAAUUCCCAAUAUGAGAGCCCUUGAAUCAAUUGGGUUAAGACCGAAAUCUUUUGUUUAGUUUAUAUGAUGUUUAUCGAAGCUAUAUAUGCUUAUAUAUCUAUGCGUCAUCCGUAUACACAUAUUAUGUUUAUUAAUUUAUUUUUAUUAUCAUCAUAUAUUUUUAUUGUUUUCGCAGUCUAUAUAUGCUUAUUGACUACAAAAGAUGUAUUUGCUUGAAUGUAUUUUUAAUGCUUUUUUAUAUAUGCUCUUUUUGUAAUAUUGCUUUCUAUAUAUACAAUGCUUUGUAUCGUAUUUGCUGCUUAUUCAAUCAUAUUUAUUUCUUGAAAUAAAGAACACAUAUUCUACUCUGUA